AUCUGAGAACACACCUGAAAAAAAGGCGUCUUUCUCCUGUGAAAGAAAACGAAAAGUUCGCCGUCAUGGCCGAUGAGUCGACACUGCAAACCUCAUCUACUCAGGAAAAUGCAGAAGCUGAGGAAUUUCGUGAAAAUAUUCCACCCGGAGGCACCGCUGCAGCUGAAACCUCAAAGCUCCAGGUCCAAGGAGACUUGGUCGGAUAUUCCUCUGCAGAUCCAGAUGGAGGAAAUAAGCCUCUCUCUGAGAACUGCACCUUUUCAACCCCAGCCCCAGGAAGCGUCAGUGGUGGUGCCAAGGCAAAGUCACGGCUGUCUGGCCUUCAGUCUGCUCUAACACCCAUUUUAAAAUACUUGAACAUUGGAAACAAACCUCCAUCUCCAGAGCCUUUGAAAUGUGGGAACAGUCCCCAUCCCGGUGCUCCCCUCUUUCCCUUUGGUGUUACCGCAGCAAGUUGUAAAAAAUCAAGUGGAGGGUUGAGCCAACAGCCCAACUCAAAUCCCUCUAGUAGCCAUUGUGGUCGAUCAUUAGGCGAUAAGAAUUCUCCUGUUUACUGGCUGCAGGACGAAAGCCUGCCUGAAAUUACUCUCCUUGAUUGUACGUAUGAUUCCACUAUGCAAAUAACUAGCAAUGAAGGAAACACUUCUGACAUCCAGCCGCAUAAACUGUCAAAACUUAAUGGCCCAACAGCUGGUACAGAUCAGAAUGUUAAGAUACUCGACACCCCUGACAGGAAGAGUCAGCGUGAGCGCUGGCUGGAUGACAGAUAUUUCCCCGAAAUAACUCUCCUCGAAGUGACUCGUGAUUCAGAGCUUUCACCGGGAGCAGACAUGUCCAAUAUGGACGUUACACAGGAUGUUCCCCCAGUGGAGGCUGUGAAACCCAGCAGGCUUUCAUCAGAGCUCAGUGGAUUGAUUGUGGCAGAGCCUGACGGACCGGACGUGAUGCAAAGUGUAGAACUGUCAAGUACUCUUACUGGAGGUGUCACCAACACCACAAGCUCAUUUAGUGAACGAUCGGUCAACAAGUCUGUGCAGGAAAACCUGAAACCUUCUUUGGAAGCAACUCGGGAUAUUUCUGUGGGAAGUGUUUUAGAAAACAACUCCUCCUUAGAGCUCAGUGGACAAAGCAUGAAGAGUCAAACAUCAGCUGAGGACACACUUGAGCUCCUUCCUUCUAAUGUGACUCGAGACAUGAGCUCCUCCAGCGACAUGUCGGUUCAGAGUGCCGCAUCACAAAUCGCUACCUCGGAUGUGCAGAGUAACACCAGUUUAAAAAAUGUCACCAUUGAGAUUCAUGUCAAAGCCCUGGAAACUUCCAUCGCUGUGGAGGCUAACGAGGAGGAGCUGCUUACUGGUCAUGAUACUGAGUCAACGGGCAAGGAGCCGGAAACGAGCUCCGAUCUGAGUGCCUCCUCUAAUUUAAAUACCACUGAUCAAACAUCCUGCCCUCAGAACAAGACUCUGGAUCUUCCACCAUCUAAUGUAAAGAGUCCCAAAGCAGAAGGUGUGGCUGCAGAUCAGGUUAGUGCUGACGUUCAGAACGCCACUGAAACUUCCCUUGAUACGAAUCAGAAUAGUUCAGCUGCUAAGUCAGGGGAGUCGGGUGAUGUGCAGAACGGAACUUUUGAUAUACAUUCUCUUCAGAAAUCCUGUGGCACUAGUGCUUUAGGGGAAACCGGUGCAGCGACCUUUUGCCUCCAGAACAACACUUUUGAUAAUAAACCUUGUAAAACAAAUGGCACGAUAACAAUAUCAGAAACCAGCUCAAGCGACAGUCCCCAGAACACCUUGGACAAACCCUCUCCUUCAAAAGUCUGUAAUCCAACCAUUGACUUUAAAGACAACACCUCUGAUGUCCACACGCCUGAAGUAUCAAAACUAAAUGGGACAGCUAGUGCAGACCCAGAUGUCAAGAUGGCUGACACACCUGAGAGGACAUUUGAAGGUGUGUCAGCCAUCGCUGUCGCUGUAGCUCCGGCAGCGAGUAGACGUGAGACAAAGGAUCAUUCACAAUCUGUGCCGGACGGUCUUUCCGACAGUUUGGGCCAUCAGGGCACGGAUACGGAGAACAACCAAGCAAACACCUUCAAUUUGGAUGACACUUUAGAUUUGAAGGUAGACUCGUUGGUAACCUCAACGCCGAUGACUCACAGUAAAGUUUUCCACUUCAACUCUGAGCACGACAUGGGCAAGGCCAUUGCGGCACAGAAGAGGCUUUAUGGGGAUGGACCCUGUAAGCCGGUCGUUCAGGUGCCAUCAGAUGUUCCGUCCAAUUUAAUCACAGACCGAAAAACCCUGAUGCAACCGCCAGCGAGAUCCCACUUGCCUCCUUCGAGAGCUGCCUCACAGAUUUUGAAAUACCACCCAACCUCCGCACUUCCAGGAAGAUGUGAGCCUGCAACUUCAAGACUGCCCAUGACGAGACAGAGGACCCAGACUGAAGCUGUGAAACACCCUGCACCUUCAGCACAGGGGAUCUCAGGGAUUUCAAGCUCCUACAACUUGCGUCCUACAACAACUGCAUCCAAGCAGCCCAACUCUGGCCUGCCGAGACCACCAAUGAGCAGCAUUCCAUCGGGCUUCCAGAGAUCUGCACCAGGGCUCAGGCCUCCUUCAGCAAAAAGUAACCUAGGACAUGCAGCUGCUCACCCUGGGACAAAGUUUACACAUCCAAAGAAGCACACAUUAAUCAGAGGGGAACUUUUGCCAUCAGCAAAGAGGAAGAAAACAGACGGUCCUGCACCAUCAUCCAGUGGAGCUGAGACCUCAACUGCCUCUGAUGCUGGGAACGGAUUGAAAAACCUGAAACGGAUUGGAACCAGCUGCAACCAGAGAGUGUUACCAGCUAAAGCCCAAAGAGACGACGCUGCAGUGCCCGUCACUGCUGCUGCUGCAGAAAACAUGACAUCUUGCAACGCAGCCAGCAGAAGCAGAAACCAGAAACCGCCUGUAAACCAUCAUAGAUCUCAGCCGGCUAAACCACAAGGACACGGCUGUGCCAAAUGUGUCUCGUUGGAAGAGCAGCUCAAAACACAAUCAGCAGAAAUUAAGAGACUGAAAGAAGAGCUGCGGAAGUACAGUCAACAAGGAGAAGAGUGCUGAAUGUGCCAACGAAAUCCCCCUGUGAACUUUUAAUGUCACAUCUGUUUCUGUAUUUUAAAAAUUGUAAAGUUACAGUUUGACUGUAAAUGUAUAUUCUAAUCAAUAAAUGUACUAAAUAUAUUAAAAAUACUAAAAUGUAUUUAAAUUGACAGUAUUGUAUAAUAAAAAUCCUCAGUGUAGAAUAGUGACUUUGGUUGACCAGUAACUGCACGACUGAGGUGUGGUCUGAUGUGUGUGCACAUAAUAUCACUACCCUCCUGACAUGGAUGCAAUUAUAUAUUCAACCAGAGUAUUUGAAUGCUCUUCAUUAUGUGUCACCUAUCCUUAAAUAACAUAGUAACGGGAAGAUGUGAGAAAGCUUUAUUUUUGGUGAGGGGAAACUUUCCACUGCCAGAGUGAAUAUUAAAGUGAACUAAUGGACAAUGCUGAAAUGAAGAUGGUAUAUGUGUGUGUUUGUACUGUUUGUGUUCAAAAUCUAUAAUAUCCAGUUUAUGUGUGAAAGGCUGUGUGGCCUUGAGAGACAAUUGAAAUAAACAUGGUGGUGAAACAUUUAAA